AUGCCGUGUGCCACGUCCAGCCUCGUCACUUCGUACGUGUCACUCAACAGCCCUUCCAAGUCCCUACGGUGCCACGCCUUAAAGCCCACCCGAAGAGAGUACUCCUAGACCAUUGCAGCCAGCCAAGAAACUCCCCGAUAGAUCGAUGGCGUCUAGCGACAAGAAGCCUCUGCCGACGCCGGCCUCAACAGGAGGCGACGGCGGCCCGCCGGGGAAGCCAACGACCAUGUCGACGAUGAUGCUCGACAAGGGCGCGGCGGCGCUGCAGUCGCUACGCCCGGUGAAGCAGAUCAAUCAGCACGUGUGCACGUUCGCGCUGUACGCGCACGACCCGCACCGGCAGGUGGAGACCCACCACUACGUCUCCCGCCUCACCCAGGACGUCCUCCAGUGCCCCGUCUACGACUCCGACGACAAGAACGCUCGCCUCAUCGGCGUGGAGUACAUCGUGUCGAGGAAGAUCUUCGAGGCGCUGCCGAAGGAGGAGCAGAGGCUGUGGCACUCGCACGCGCACGAGAUCAAGGCGGGGCUGUGGGCGAGCCCGCGGGUGCCGGACCUACUGGAGAAGACGGAGCUGGACCACAUGGCCGGCACCUUCGGCAAGUUCUGGUGCACCUGGCAGGUCGACCGCGGCGACCGCCUCCCGCUCGGCGCGCCCGCGCUCAUGGUGUCGCCCCAGGCUGAGCGCAUCGCCACCGUGCUCCCUGACCUCGUGAGGAAGCGCGACCAGAAGUACGGCUUCUCCACGGAGGAGCUGAAGGCGGCGAGGGCCGACGUGGAGGCGCCGGCGGAUCCGCGCCCGGGCCAGGCAGACUACUGGGUCCGCCACCACAAGGGGUUCGCCCUGGACGUCGUGCCGCACGAGAUGAAGCGCCACGCGCCGUUCCCGUGAGCCGUGAGCGACCUUCGUCCGGGGUCCUCCAGAGCUGGGUUCGGUGCUUUCGUGUUCUUUAGCUAGGGUGCAUCUUGUUUCGUAGCUCCGGUAGUCCGGUCACUUCUGCUGUGGAACUGUUGCAAGAUGCCAAGAUGGUAUAGCCAAUAAAACCUCCCUAGAGUUUGUAAAAUGGAAUACUAGCUUGCAGAAAUACUCGUAGCUAUCUCGACUCUCGGGUGCAUAAGCUUCCUCUACCAA